AUGGUUCCGCCGCGCUCCCAAAUCCCCGGGCGGCUGGUCUAUUUCUUCAGUCCGCGGAGGAGGAGUUUUCGGAGCAAUCUCCGUCACAGGGAGCGCCACCUGCACGUCGUGUGCCGCUGUAGCCCGGGCCCCGCCGCGCGCAUGGCGCCCCCCACAGGAGAUGUCCUGGAUAAUGUGUCUCCAUGUUCUGUGACAAACUGCUUACGAUGGGACUUGACAGCAGGGCAGAUUGAAAAUCUUACCAAUGAACUCAUUGAAAAAACCAAGCGUGUGUAUGAUCAAGUGGGGUUGCAAACAUUUGAAGAAGUAUCCUAUGAGAGUACUCUCAAGGCAUUGGCUGAUGUGGAAGUGGAAUACACAGUUCAGAGAAACAUUCUGGAUUUCCCACAGCAUGUCUCCCCCUCUAAAGACAUUCGGGCAGCCAGUACUGAGGCCGACAAGAAGCUCUCUGAGUUUGAUGUGGAGAUGAGCAUGAGGCGAGAUGUGUACCAGAGGAUUGUCUGGCUACAGGAGAAAGUUUCAGCAGACUCAUUGAGACCAGAAGCCAAGAGAUACCUGGAUCGGUUAGUUAAGCUGGGAAAGCGGAAUGGAUUGCACCUCCCAGAAGAAACUCAAGAAAAAAUAAAAAACAUUAAAAAGAAGCUCAGUCUCCUUUGUAUCGACUUCAACAAGAACCUGAAUGAGGAUACUACCUUCUUGCCGUUCACCCGAGAGGAACUGGGAGGCCUUCCUGAAGACUUUCUGAACUCCUUAGAAAAGACCACAGAUGAUAAGUUGAAAGUCACUCUCAAGUACCCCCAUUACUUUCCUCUCCUAAAGAAGUGUUAUGUUCCUGAGACCCGGAGAAAGGUUGAAGAGGCUUUCAACUGUAGAUGCAAGGAGGAGAACUGUGCCAUCCUCCAGGAGCUGGUAGAUCUCCGGGCCCAGAAGUCCAGCCUGCUAGGAUUUAAUACUCAUGCCGACUACGUCCUAGAGAUGAACAUGGCCAAAACUAGCCAGGAUGUUGCCACGUUCCUAGAUGAACUGGCCCAGAAACUAAAACCUCUUGGGGAGGAAGAGCGAGCCAUCAUUUUGGACCUGAAAAAGAAAGAAUGUGAGAAGCGGGCCCUGGCUUUCGACAACCGAAUCAAUGCCUGGGACAUGCGCUACUACAUGAAUCAGGUGGAGGAGACACGCUAUAAUGUGGACCAGAACCUGCUGAAGGAGUACUUCCCCAUGCAGGUGGUCACCAUGGGCCUGCUGGGCAUUUACCAAGAGCUCCUGGGACUGACCUUUGAACUGGAAGAGAAUGCCAAGGUGUGGCAUGAGGAUGUGAAACUCUAUUCAGUUCGGGAUGUUGACUCGGGCAAAGUGAUAGGGAAAUUCUACCUGGACUUGUACCCCCGGGAAGGGAAGUACGGUCACGCUGCCUGCUUUGGCCUACAACCAGGCUGUCUCCUCAAGGAUGGCAGCCGGCAGAUCUCCAUCGCCGCCAUGGUGGCCAACUUCACCAAGCCCACCCCAGAUGCCCCCUCCCUGCUGCAGCAUGACGAGGUGGAAACGUACUUCCAUGAGUUCGGGCACGUGAUGCACCAGCUCUGUUCUCAGGCAGAGUUUGCCAUGUUCAGUGGGACCCAUGUGGAGCGAGACUUUGUGGAAGCACCGUCACAGAUGCUGGAAAAUUGGGUGUGGGAGAAGGAGCCGCUGAAGCGCAUGUCCCAGCACUACAAGACUGGAGAGCCCAUCCCCCAGGAGCUGUUGGAGAAACUCAUCAAGUCGCGUCAAGCUAAUACAGGUCUCUUCAACCUUCGUCAAAUUGUCCUCGCCAAGGUGGACCAGGCCCUGCAUACACAGACAAAAGCAGACCCAGCCAAAGAGUACUCCCGGCUGUGUCAGGAGAUCUUAGGGAUUCCAGCCACUCCAGGUACUAACAUGCCGGCCACUUUCGGUCACCUGGCAGGAGGCUAUGAUGCCCAGUACUACGGCUACCUCUGGAGUGAGGUGUACUCCAUGGACAUGUUUCACACGCGCUUCAAAAUGGAAGGGGUCCUCAACUGUAAGGUCGGUAUGGACUACAGGACCUGCAUCCUGAAGCCUGGUGGCUCUGUCGAUGCUAUCAACAUGCUGCAGCAGUUCCUCGGCCGGGAGCCCAAGCAAGAUGCCUUCCUCCUGAGCAAAGGCCUGAAGGUGUCAGACAGCAGCUCACUGCCCUCUGCCUGUUGAUGGGCUAGCACGGGAGCUCUUCAUGCAUCCCCAUCCUUCAGGACUGAGCAAGUGUGGACAUAACCUUCCACUGGCCUCCCUGUUGCCUUAAACUCCCAACAGAGAGAGAGCAGAGGGACUCUAGCCCAGCCACUAGCAGAGGGGAGUGGGGAUUUCUACACCCUGCCCCAAACCCACUCUGUUUUGAUUUCUACUUUUUAACCUUCCAGUCCCUUUUGAGGGUCUUUGCUCAGUCACAUUAAGAUGUUUGGAGAGUUCUUGUGUUGGCCAUAUGGCCUGAUAUUUUUUUUCCCCUUGUCCAUCCCACCCCAGAGUUACCGAGAUCAGGUUCUCUAUGAAAUAAUUGUGAUCAUUUUUCAAGGGUGGAGGGAAAGAAGGAGUCUCUCCUUUGCCUCCCUCUCUCCCUCCUCCUACCUUGAAAUGGUUUAGUUUGAGUGAUUGUUAAGGCAGAAAUCAUGGUUUAGUCUUUUGGGGGUGGUUCAUCAUAUACUGUUUCAGUGAGAGAUCGAUUAGACCUCAGGGAAUUGACAGCUGGGGUGAGUGCAUCGUGUGCGCGUGUGUGCAGGAGCUGGUGAGUGAAAUGAGUGAGUUGUUUUCCUACCUGGAACCAAGGGGCCUUAGAAAGUUCACCCUGAGCUUUGUCCAACCUUUCCUUCGGGACUCUGAGCCUAGCAGCUCAGUGGGUGUUUAAUGCCUGGCUUACACAUAAUAAACCUGGAGGAAGCCUA